AUCCUUUACAUUAGUGCCUGGGCUUUCUAUGAUGGUCGAUGCUCCAUCUUCCCCACAAUUCACCGCACAGAGUAUAUGGUACGAAUUGAAACUUCGAUCUUGGAACCGUGCCCAAUUUCGCCCCGAAUUCAUUGAAGGGAAAAAAUAAAAAAGAAGAGCUUUGGCACACCCCAGCUGCAAAUCGACCGAAAAGGUAAACUUAUAUGUCAAAAAGAUAGGCAUUUCAUGAUUUUUGGACUGCUCUUGCUAUGCAUUGGUGUCUAGCUUUUGAAAUGCUGUGAAAAGUUCAAUCUUCUAUUGCUCUCAAAAUUGAAGUCUUCCACCAACUAUUCAUUGCACGAGUGGUAGCAAAUUAUGGCAGAACGUCGAAAUGGAAGUACACAACCUCCCAAUGGAAAGGCCAGUGCAGCAGGGACUGCAUAUUCAAUUAAUCUGAAUGUAUUUCAAUCCCGAUUGAAGACUUUUUAUUCACAUUGGGAUGAACACAAAGCAGAUCUGUGGGGCUCUUCUGAUGCAAUUGCAAUUGCAUGCCCUCCACCUUCAGAAGACCUGCGAUACCUGAAAUCUACUGCUCUUAACUUAUGGCUGCUUGGAUUUGAGUUCCCUGAGACAAUUAUGGUUUUCAUGAAGCAGCAGAUCCAUAUCUUGUGCAGCCAAAAAAAAGCAUCUAUUCUGGAAUCUGUCAAAAAGCCUGCUAGAGAGGCAGUUGGUGCAGAUUUUGUUUUGCAUGUCAAACCUAAAAAUGAUGAUGGAACUGCUCUAAUGGAUGCUAUAUUCCGUGCCAUCCGUGCUCAGUCUAAGUCCGACGGUCGUGAUUCUUCCACUGUUGGACACGUACCAAGAGAGGCUCCUGAAGGGAAACUGCUUGAAGCAUGGACUGAUAAAUUAAAGAAUACAGGAUUUCAUCUGAGUGAUGUGGCCAAUGGGUUGUCCACAUUGUUUGCUGGAAAAAGUAGUGAGGAGCUUACAUCAAUUAAGAAAGCAGCAUACUUGACAUCCAGUGUGAUGAAAAAUUUUGUUGUUUCAAAACUUGAGAAUGUAAUUGAUGAGGAGAAGAAAGUCUCUCAUUCAACAUUGAUGGAGGAGACGGAGAAAGUUAUACUGGAACCUUCCAAAAUCAACGUUAAGCUGAAGGCAGAGAAUGUUGACAUUUGUUACCCCCCAAUUUUUCAGAGUGGUGCAGUGUUUGAUCUAAGACCUAGUGCUGUCAGCAAUGAUGAGUUACUGCAUUAUGAUUCUGCCAGUGUGAUUAUAUGUGCAGUUGGAGCCCGGUAUAACAGUUACUGUUCAAACAUAGCUAGAACCUUCUUGAUUGAUGCUGAACGUAUUCAAAGUAGGGCUUAUGAGGUUCUUCUGAAAGCCCAAGAAGCUGUCAUUGGAUCAUUGAAGCCUGGAAACAGGUUGAGUACUGCAUACCAAGCUGCAGCUUCUGUCGUGGAAAGGGAUGCUCCAGACUUGAUUUCAUAUUUGACAAAAUCUGCCGGGACAGGCAUCGGCAUUGAGUUUCGCGAGUCAGGAUUGAAUAUUAAUGCAAAAAAUGAACAGAUAAUUAAAGAAGGCAUGGUCUUUAACGUGUCAAUUGGUUUUCAGAAUUUGCAGUGUGAGAAUAGUAAGUCUAAGAACAAGCAAUUCUCUCUGUUGCUUGCUGACACAAUCAUCAUCAACAAAGAUAAAACCGAAGUUGUAACUUCUAUGAGCUCAAAAGCUCUGAAGGAUGUGGCAUAUUCUUUUAAUGAGGAUGAUGAGGAGGAAAGACCAAGCACAAAAGCAGGUGCCAAUAGCGCAGUUAUGUCUAAGACAACUCUAAGGUCAGACAAUCAUGAAAUUUCAAAGGAGGAACUUCGAAGACAGCAUCAGGCAGAACUUGCUCGUCAGAAAAAUGAAGAAACUGCAAGGAGACUUGCUGGUGGUGGUAGUGAGAAAGGAGAUAAUCGUUCCUCUGCAAGGGCUUCAACAGAACUGGUGGCGUACAAGAACAUAAAUGACCUUCCCCCUCCCAGAGAGAUGAUGAUUCAAAUUGAUCAGAAAAAUGAAGCAGUUCUCUUGCCUAUAAAUGGAAGCAUGGUACCUUUUCAUGUGGCUUUCAUUCGAACUGUUUCCAGCCAGCAGGACACCAACCGCAAUUGCUAUGUGAGAAUUAUUUUCAAUGUUCCUGGAACCCCUUUCAGUACUCAUGAUGCGAACUCGGUUAAAUUCCCGGGAUCUAUAUAUUUGAAGGAGGCUUCAUUCCGUUCCAAGGAUUCAAGACACAUUAGUGAGGUUGUGCAGUCCAUUAAAACACUCCGAAGACAAGUUGUAGCGAGGGAGUCUGAGAGAGCUGAGAGGGCAACCUUGGUUACUCAGGAGAAACUGCAGCUUGCUAAUAAUAGAUUUAAGCCAAUAAGGUUGUCAGACCUUUGGAUCCGUCCUGCUUUUGGUGGGCGUGGAAGGAAGAUACCCGGUACCCUUGAGGCUCAUGUGAAUGGAUUUCGUUACUCUACCACCAGGCAAGAUGAGCGCGUAGACAUAAUGUUUGGGAAUGUUAAGCAUGCAUUUUUUCAGCCAGCUGAAAAUGAAAUGAUCACUCUCCUGCACUUCCAUCUGCACAACCAUAUCAUGGUUGGAAAUAAGAAGACCAAGGAUGUUCAAUUUUAUGUUGAGGUUAUGGACAUGGUCCAGAACGUUGGAGGUGGAAAGAGAUCAGCCUAUGACCCUGAUGAGCUUGAAGAAGAACAGCGAGAGAGAGACAGAAAGAACAAAAUUAAUGUAGAGUUUCAAAGCUUUGUGAAUCGCGUGAAUGAUCUAUGGGGACAACCACAAUUCAAUGGCCUUGACUUGGAGUUUGAUCAACCUCUUAGAGAGCUUGGGUUUCCUGGGGUGCCUCAUAAAUCUUCUGUAUUUAUUGUCCCUACUUCAGCCUGCCUUGUUGAACUGAUAGAGACCCCUUUCCUUGUUGUGACACUUGGUGAGAUUGAGAUUGUGAAUCUAGAGAGAGUUGGACUUGGGCAGAAGAACUUUGAUAUGACAAUUGUAUUUAAGGACUUCAAGCGGGAUGUCCUCAGGAUUGAUUCUAUCCCUUCUACAUCACUGGAUGGAAUCAAGGAGUGGCUUGACACAACCGACAUAAAGUAUUAUGAAAGCAGGCUGAAUCUUAACUGGCGUCAGAUCCUAAAGACAAUCACAGAUGACCCUCAGAGCUUUAUUGAAGGUGGUGGUUGGGAGUUUCUGAAUUUGGAAGCUACUGAUUCUGAGUCUGAGAACUCAGAGGAGUCGGACAAAGGUUAUGAACCAUCCGAUGUGGAACCUGAAUCAGAUUCAGAAGAUGAUGCUUCUGACAGUGAAUCACUUGUUGAGUCGGAGGAUGACGACGAAGAGGAUGAUUCUGAGGAGGAUUCAGAGGAAGAGAAAGGAAAGACAUGGGAGGAACUGGAGAGGGAAGCAAGCAAUGCAGAUAGGGAGAAAGGGAAUGAAUCUGACAGCGAAGAAGAUAGGAAAAGAAGGAAGGCAAAGAGCUUUGGUAAGUCACGAGCCAGUCUUAGUAGUAGCAUGCCAAAGCGGGCCAAGUUAAGAUAGAUUUUGGUUUUCAUUGUUAGCCAAAUUAUGGUUUAGUACAGUUGCUUUUUGUUUCCGCAGAUAGCAGCUUUUGUGUUUGGAGGAGCGGCCUUUGCCCUCUUAAUAUCGUUGUAACUUGAGCUUUCCCUUCCAUAAUAUAGUCCACACUGGAUAAGAAUCCUUGAAUCCAAUGCAUGUCGUUAAGAGUUGUUUUAUUCCUCUCUUUUCACUGUUGCUUGUGUGUUUUUUUUUUUCCUCCACUCUUCCAUGCCAGCUAUUAGACCUAACUUGUUUUACUCCAAUUUGUUUCUAGUUAAAAUUUCAGAGCAUCAUUUUUUUUUAUUCUCAACUGUAUUUUUCAAUUUGAGCACUGAUAAAAAGAAUUGAAAUUAACAAAAGUUGGCAAACAACAAUAAAUGCAUUCUUUCUUUGUAUUUUGUUAGUGCUUUUGGAGUUCAACUCAAGCCUCAUCCACUUUGUUGGGGUGAUUGAACCCAGGUGUUGCCUUAAUCAGAUGUUAAUAAUCAUUCUGACUUUUACGUCCGCCCUUACGAUUUAAAUCCGUUAUUAUGCAGACUGUGUCUGUGGAACUGGGGAAAACAAAUAAGGCAAAGUGGUAUUAACACCAUUUCUUUUGAUAUCCGGUUCGUGUAAAUAUUUUCGCACUAUUCAAUCAAACACAAUGUGUUCACAGAUCAUUAAAAAUUAACUUCUGUGACAAUCUCUGUCCUGAUACUUUUUUGUUGUUGUUGAAUUAAUGUUAUUUUGAGCGUAAAAAACUCAUUGACAUUGCUCAAAAUCAUUCCUUAACACCUAAGUAGAUAGAAAAAAAAUUGCUUUCGGUUUGUCUUUAUUUUAACAGCGCCUUGUAAUAGCACAUAUUGAGAGAAUUAUAAGGAGUUAUGUUUUUAUUUUUUUUUAUUUUAUUAUUCAAGUUAUACUCAGGUAGAGAGUAGUCAAAAUGGGCUGAUUGGGCUGAUUAAUUUAUAUGCUCAACUGAACAAAGUCUUUUUUUUUUUCACGAAUAAACUUAUGUUUUGUAAUAUAGAUGAUGCUACCGAUUAAAAUUAAAGUUUUAUUUUAAUAAAAUUUUGUAUUUAAUACUACCAUGUUAUUGAAGUAAAUCGCUAAUUUUAAUUAAUAAAUAACAUUAAUAACAUUUAUAGAACUACGCUUAAGAUUUGUCACUAUUUUUUCCUAAUAACAUUAUCUCUUUCUUCCAUAAACAAAGUUUUGAAAUGUUAGUCACUUCUAAAAAUAAAAUUUUGGAACCGGAAGGGUGGUGCCAAAGAAACCAUAAUAUAUAAACUGAAACAACAAAACACAAGUUAUUGUAAAAAACUGCCUGUUUAGUUUCUUAAUUUAUUAAUUAGAUAAAAUUACGUUUCUCUUUUUCUUAAUUUAUUCUUUUUAACUUCAUAAAAUCAGAGUUAUUUUGAUGAGUCAAUGAGCCGAGAAGCACGUUCCAUACCUUGCAUUGGGUGUUUGGGUGACUAAACUGACCAAAUGUCAAUCCAAAACAUAGUGAGCUUGUUUUAACCCUAAACUAC